AGACCGGGUGGAAUGAUGCACUCUCUCCGCCAAGCUAUCUUAGUUGGGUGCAGCUAGCCAGCCAACUGGCGACGUGAAUGUAGACACCAAUUAUGCAGUUCUAAAUGUGAUGGGAAGUUACGAGCUGGCCAUAAAAUACAUCCAGUUAUUAAUGGAAGGUUUACGCCCGUUGCGGUAGCGCAGUGACAGUUGUCAUCCUGUUUCACCAGGGCUGAUUCACUUAUGACAACGAUAGCUAGCUGGUUAUGGAGCUAGCCAGCCAGGAAACUUGCUAGUAACAGCGCCUUCUGCAAUAUCGCCCUGCGUGCUACCCGAACAAAGACAAUACUCUCCCACCUAAAGGCCACCUUACUUGUCCACUUUGUCCGAUUAUUUUCUAAGGUGACGUUGACUCAAAACACUAGCUGGUCUUCUAGCAACACUAUCUAUCCUAAGUUAGCUUGGAAGAAGCUUUCCCCGGAAGGCCGCCGGUGGAGGGUGGGGACUUCAAGGGAACGCAUACGAGGGGGAAAAAAAACAUCUGGAGAAACAGUGGCCGGAGGAAAAGACAUUGCAAUUUCAUGAUGGAGUCUUCUUUGGGAUUAUCGGAGGAGAAAUGUGUGGUCACCGUAAAAGCUGUGGAACAUCGAAGUGGGCAGAAGGAACCAAGGCUUCUCUCUCUACUCGAGCGUUCUGGCGACUUUGUGUUGGCAGUUCUGGCAAAUCCUGACUCUGUCGUAUCGAGUCCUCAGCCUGACCUGUACAUACCCAUCAAUGGUCAUUUCCAUCUUGUCAGAGAGGCAGAAGAGGCUCUGCUCAUAGACAUCCCUCUAAACAGUUCGCUGCGUGUGCGUCUGAGGGGGGAGAAGAUUCCGGAGCUGCAGCUGGAGCUGCAGGAUGACGAGCGGAGCCAGAGCUUUGUAGCGCAGGUGAAGAGGGCCAAACAGCACGCGGAUUCCAGAACAAGCACCCCUAAGACCCAGGAAGCGUUACCGCCGGUGCCCCAUAAGGGUUCGAUGCCCGUGGCCCCCCAGAGAGGCGCGUCCAGACCGCCCAACGCCGUCGCACCCCCGCCGCCCGUGCCCAACCUCGCCAGGAACUCAGUGCCUGCCAGCCCCAAAAGCAACUCCCUAGGCAGGCAGACACAAUCAGAUCCUUCUAUGGUGCUGGCCUCUGACUUUGGCUUCGAAGACAACUUCAAUCACACACUGAGGGUGGAGGAGAAGAAGAAUCAACAGAACCAACAGAACCGGACUAGUACCACCAGUAACAACACUACCACACACACAGCCUCCUCCACCACUGCCCCACCCCCACCACCACCACCACCCGCCCUCUCCAGGGACCGGCUACCAGCCCCACCGCUGCCCCCCAGGAAGGGCUCCUUCACCCCCAACACGCCCCUGCCCGCUACCCCUUCCUCCAACCGGGACCACCAGCACCAGCGAGGGCCGCCGCCACCACCCGUGCAGAACAUGACGCCCGUCCGAUCAGACUAUCGGACGUCGUCGAGUGUGGCCAACUCCACCACGUGGACGGACAGCCCGUCGAGCAACACCAUGCGGCAGGCUCUACUGAGCCAGGGCCAGCGGGAGGGCAUCAUACGCCACCGCAUGAACAAGAAGGAGAAGGAGUACGUCGACAUCAAGAACUUCAGGUUCUUCACGGGAACGUGGAAUGUGAAUGGCCAGUCACCAGACAGUACGCUAGAGGCCUGGCUGUGCUGUGACCCUGACCCACCUGACGUCUACGCCCUGGGGUUUCAGGAGCUGGACCUGAGCACGGAGGCCUUCUUCUACAUGGACUCCUCUAAGGAGCAGCAGUGGGUAGACGUGGUGGAGAGGAGCCUGCACCCCAAAGCCAAGUACCGACGGGUGAGCAUCGUCCGCUUGGUGGGCAUGAUGCUGGUGGUGUUUGUCAACAGAGAACACUGGGGCCACAUCAGAGACGUGGUGUCCGAGCACGUUGGCACGGGCAUCAUGGGAAAAAUGGGUAACAAGGGUGGGGUGGCGGUGCGCUUCGUGUUCCACAACACCAGUUUUUGUUUCGUCAACUCUCACCUGGCGGCCCACGUUGAAGACUUUGAGCGGCGUAACCAGGACUACAAGGACAUCUGCGCUCGCAUGACCUUCCACGUGCCCGAGAGCCCGCCCCUCAGCAUUGUCAAGCACGAUGUGGUGGUGUGGCUGGGGGAUCUGAACUACCGCCUCUUCCAGCUGGAUGCCAGCGAGGUCAAACGCUUCAUCGCCGGUAACGACCUGAGGAAACUGCAGGAGUAUGACCAGCUGAACAUUCAGAGGCAGACCAAGAAGGCCUUCACAGACUUCAUGGAGGGAGAGAUCAACUUCAUCCCCACAUAUAAAUACGACCCCAAGACCAACCACUGGGACUCCAGUGGGAAGUGCCGUACCCCAGCCUGGUGUGACAGAGUGCUGUGGCGGGGCAGCAACGUCAAGCAGCUGCACUACCGCAGUCACAUGGAGCUGAAGACAAGUGAUCAUAAACCCGUUAGCUCCCUCUUCAGUGUUGGGGUGAAGGUAGUGAACGACCUGCGCUACAAGAAGGUCUUUGAGGACACCGUGCGCAUGCUUGACCGGAUGGAGAACGACUUUCUGCCUUCGUUAUCGCUGACUCGCACCGAUUUCACCUUUGAGAGUGUGAAGUUCCGGCAGCUGCAGCGUCAAUGUUUCCAGAUCACCAAUGACGGCCAGGUGCCGUGCCACUUUGCCUUCAUCCCCAAGCUCAAUGACUCGCAGUACUGCAAGAACUGGCUCAGGGCCGAGCCCAGCGACGGGUACCUGGAGCCCAACGAGACCCUGGACAUCCACUUAGAGGUGUACGUGAGCAAGGACUCUGUGACGCUGCUGAACUCGGGCGAGGACAAGAUCGAGGACAUCCUGGUGCUGCACCUGGACCGGGGCAAGGACUACUUCAUCACCAUCGCCGGGAACUACCUGCCCAGCUGCUUCGGGACCUCGCUGGACACGCUGUGCCGCAUGAAGAAACCCAUACGGGAGAUCCCCGUCACCAAGCUCAUCGACCUGGAGAAGUCGAGGAUGAACAUGCUGCUGGUGGACAGUGCUGGCACUGAGGACAAGCCCCUGAAGAUCCCCAAGGAGGUAUGGGUGCUGGUCAACCACCUCUUCACCAAGGCCUGCCACCAGGAGGACCUGUUCCAGACUCCGGGCCUGCAGGAGGAGCUGCAGGGCAUCAUAGACUGCCUGGACAUGAGCAUUCCAGACAACAUCCCCGGCUGCAACCACUCUGUGGCGGAGGCUCUGCUGAUCUUCCUGGAGGCGUUGCCAGAGCCGGUGGUGUGCUACGAGCUCUACCAGCGCUGUCUGGACUGCACGCACGACAGCCGCCUCUGCAAACAGCUGAUAUCCCAGCUGCCCCGGGCUCACCGCAACGUGUUCCGCUACCUGAUGGCCUUCCUCAGAGAACUACUGAAGCACUCCAUAGACAACAACCUCACCGCCAGCCUGUUAGCAUCUCUGUUCGCCAGCCUCCUCAUCCGGCCGCCGCCUAACCUGGUGAGCCGACAGACACCUCACGACCGGCAGAAGGCCAACGACUUCAUCCUGGGAUUCCUCAUGGCAGUAGAUGACGAGUGAGAGAAAGAAAGAAAGAAAGAAAGGAAGGAAGGAAGGAAGGAAG